AUGGUAGAGGACUUAGCAGCCUCCUAUAUUGCUCUGAAAUUGGAGAAUGAAAUUCUGCAGGCCCAAGUGCAGCAGCUUAUGGAAGAAAAUGCUGCCCUGCAGGCCCAGAUCCCACAGCUCCAGAAGCCCCAAGCAGCCAAGGAGGAUGAACCACUCCAGAAGCCCUCAGAGGCCCAGGAGCCCCAGAAACCCCCAGAGCCCCUGGAUCCCCCAGCAGCCUUGGAGCCCCAAGAACUCCCAGAGAUCAAGGAUCCCCAGAAGCCCAGAAAGCCCCAGGAGCUCCUAGCCUGGGAGACCCCAGCAGCCCAGAAGCCCCAAGAGACCCCAGUGGCCCAGGAUAACCAAAAGCCCUCAGAGCUCCCAGCAGUCCCAGAAUCUCUGGGGCCCCCAGCAACCCAGGUACCCCAGGCAUCUCCAAUGGCCCAUGAGCCCCCAGAAAUCAAGGAGGCCCAGGUGCCCCCAGAUACCCAGGACCCCCAGAAUUCAGAGCCCCAGGAUCCCUCAAAUGCCUUGGAGCCCCAUGAGGCACCAGAAUGCCAGGAGAGCUCAAUAUACCUGGAGCCCCUUGAGCUUCUGGCUCCCCAGGAGCCUCUGGAGCUUCGAGUGCCCCAGGAACCCCUGGAGGGCCUACUAGCUACUGAGACAUCAGCAACUCCAGAGUUCCCACAGUCCCCCAGGGGGUUAGAGGCCGAAGCUUUCCCUCUAGAAUACCCUUUAGCCUUCAGUGGGGAUGCCCAGAAGCUUCCCAAGUUCCUGGUUCAAUUGAAUAGUUAUAUGAGAGUCAGAGGGCACCUGUAUCCCACCGAAGCAGCCCUUGUGAGCUUUGUUGGCAACCGCUUCUCAUGUGAGGCAGGAAGGUGGUUCCAGCCAUUAGUAGAUAUCCAAAGCCCCCUGCUGGAGCAAUUUGAAAGUUUCAUACAAGUGCUCCAGGAUACUUUUGAUAAUCCAGAAAACAUGCAAGAUGCCAACCACUGCAUCCGUCAGCUCUGCCAAGGGGAGGACCCUGUCCAUCAGUAUGCGACCCACUUCCACCUCAUUGCUCAAGAGCUAAACUGGGAUGAAAGCACUCUCUGCAUCCAAUUUCAGGAAGGGCUUGCCAGUGCUAUCCGAGAUGAACUGUCUCGCACAAGCCCGGCCACCAAUCUAUCUGGUCUGAUCACCCAGUGCAUCAGCCUAAAAGAGAAGCUAACAGGUAAGCCUGAUCCAAAUCCACAAGGGGCAAGUUCCUCUGAGGAGAGAGUUGGGCCUGAGAGUCCACCAGCUGAAAAUCAACCUGUGCAGGCUGCAAGCAAUCGCCCACACCUCAGUGAAGCUGAACGGGCCCGCCGCCGUGAAGGCCACUUGUGCCUCUACUGCGGUCAUCCUGGUCAUUUUGCCAGAGAUUGCCCUGUCAAACCUCAUCGUGCCCAGCAGGCGGGAAACAUCGAGGCCCGGCGGUAA